CCAAUAGGCAGAGAGUUAGAGGGGAAAUAACUGUUUCUUUUUUCUUUUUGAAUUUUUAUGAAUUUCGGAAUUUUAGACAAUCAAGAUUUAUAGCGAAUGGUAGUAGAGUUAGUUUUUUUCAUGGUGGUUUCAAGUUUCAAUGGUGGUUAUUCUUCCGAAUCAGCGGAUUUACUCGAAUACUGAAUGUUGACCCUUCAUUCUAAUGAAUUUCAUCAACAGCGAAUGGCUCGAUUACCUUCUCUUUUUCAUCAUUGCUUCACCUUCCUCUUCUAUACUGCACUAAUCUCUCAUUCCUCUUCGACGCUCGAUUCUGUUUUUUCGAUAGUCGAUCCGGAUUCGGAAGUUUUUUUGUUCCAUCACGAUUAUUCUCCUCCGGCACCUCCCCCGUCUCCUCCUCACGCUUCGUCGGUAUCUUGCACUGAUGACCUCGGCGGGAUAGGUUCUCUGGAUUCCACGUGCAAGAUUGUGGCCGAUUUGAACCUAACUCGUGACGUCUACAUUACGGGAAAGGGUAAUUUCUACAUCCUCCCCGGAGUUAGAUUCCAUUGCCCCCUUUUGGGCUGUUCCAUAACCCUAAACAUCAGUGGAAACUUUUCCUUGGGCGAAGGGUCGACUAUAGUAACCGGUACUUUUGUGCUCGAUGCUUAUAACGCUAGUUUGUUCAAUGGAUCGGCCGUGAACACCACAGGAUGGGCGGGGGACCCACCGCCACAGACGAGCGGGACACCUCAGGGAUUGGAGGGAGCGGGCGGAGGUCAUGGGGGCCGCGGGGCCUCUUGCUUCGUGGAGGAUGGGAAGUUACCAGAGGAUGUUUGGGGCGGAGACGCAUAUUCAUGGUCAUCGUUGCGGACACCGUGGAGUUAUGGGAGUAAGGGUGGGACAACGAGUAAGGAGGUGGAUUACGGAGGUGGAGGUGGUGGCCGAGUGAAAAUUAUACUUAAAGAUUUGUUGGAGAUGAAUGGGAGCUUGUUGGUUGAUGGUGGUGAUGGAGGGAGUAAAGGAGGUGGUGGAUCAGGUGGUAGCAUCUACAUUAAAGCUCAUAAAAUGACUGGAAGUGGCCGUAUAAGUGCUUGUGGAGGUAAUGGUUUUGGGGGCGGGGGUGGUGGAAGAGUUUCUGUUGAUAUUUUCGGCAGGCAUGAUGAACCACAAAUUUAUGUGCAUGGAGGAAUUAGUCAUGGUUGCCCAGAGAAUGCUGGUGCUGCUGGAACCCUUUAUGAUGCUCUGCCCCGAAGUCUUACUGUUAACAACCAUAAUUUGACAUCAUUUACAGAAACACUUUUUCUAGAGUUUCCUUAUCGGCCACUUUGGACUAACGUCUAUAUCCGAAAUUUGGCAAGGGCCACUGUUCCAUUGCUUUGGAGUCGCAUCCAGGUUCAAGGACAGAUAAGUCUACUAUCUGGGGGUGUGUUGAGCUUUGGGCUAGCACAUGUUGGGUCUUCAGAGUUUGAACUAGUGGCAGAAGAACUGUUAAUGAGUGAUUCUGUAAUCAAGGUCUAUGGGGCUUUACGCAUGACUGUGAAAAUAUUCUUGAUGUGGAAUUCUAAAUUGCUAAUAGAUGGUGGUGAAGAUGCAACUGUUGCAACUUCAUGGCUUGAGGCUAGUAAUUUAGUUAUUCUCAAGGAAUCAUCAGUCAUACAUUCAAACGCAAAUCUGGGAGUACAUGGACAAGGUUUAUUGAAUUUGUCUGGACCCGGAGAUACAAUUCAAGCACAGCGUUUGGUCCUAUCACUGUUUUACGGUAUUAACGUUGGACCUGGGUCUGUUUUACGUGGUCCCCUAGAGAAUGCCUCAUCUGAUGCAGUUGCAUCAAAUCUUUAUUGUGAGCUCCAAGACUGCCCUGUUGAACUACUACAUCCACCUGGAGAUUGCAAUGUGAAUUCGUCUCUAUCUUUUACUCUUCAGAUAUGCCGAGUUGAGGACAUCACUAUUGAAGGUCUUGUUAAGGGAUCUGUUGUUCAUUUCCAUCGGGCAAGAACAGUUUCUGUAUCGUCUUCUGGAAUAAUCAGUGCAUCUGGGAUGGGAUGCACAGGUGGUGUCGGUAGAGGUAACUUUUUAUACAAUGGUAUUGGCAGUGGUGGUGGCCAUGGUGGUAAAGGGGGGCUUGGAUGUUAUAGUAAUAGUUGUGUUGAGGGAGGUAUUUCAUAUGGGAAUUCAGAGUUGCCCUGUGAACUUGGCAGUGGAAGUGGAAACGAGAGCUUAGCUGAUUCGACUGCAGGUGGUGGUGUUAUAGUGUUUGGUUCCAUGGAGCAUCCCUUGUCAAGUUUGUAUGUGGAGGGUGCAGUGAGGGCUGAUGGAGAAAGUUCUGAAGGAACUGUCUGGAAGCAAGAGUAUUCUGUUUCUAAUGAUUUGAUCAUAGCCCCUGGGGGUGGCUCUGGUGGUACUGUACUUUUGUUUCUGCACAAAUUGACUCUUGGCAGGUCCGCUAUUCUUUCAAGUGUGGGAGGAUAUGGUAGUCCCAAAGGGGGUGCAGGUGGAGGUGGUGGAAGGAUUCAUUUUCAUUGGUCAUACAUUCCCUCCGGUGAUGUAUACCAGCCAAUUGCUAGUGUGAUGGGAGGCAUCUAUGCUAGGGGGGGACUAGGUAGACAUGAGAGUGGUGAUGGAGAGAAUGGAACGGUGACUGGUAAACCUUGUCCAAAGGGGCUUUAUGGAACAUUUUGUGUUGAAUGUCCUGCUGGUACUUACAAGAAUGUCAGUGGAUCGGAUAGUUCUCUCUGUCACCGUUGCCCUGCUUCUGAGCUUCCUCGCCGUGCCAUUUAUAUUGCUGUACGAGGUGGUAAUGUUGAAACACCUUGUCCUUAUGAAUGCAUUUCUGACAGAUAUGACAGGCCACACUGUUAUACAGCUCUUGAAGAGUUGAUUUACACAUUUGGAGGGCCUUGGUUAUUUUCUCUUCUACUUGUGUGUCUUCUCAUCAUCUUAGCAUUGGUGCUAAGUGUUGCACGGAUGAAAUUUGUUGGGGUUGAUGAAUUACCUGGCCCGACUCGCCAUCAGAUAGAUCAUUCUUUUCCAUUCUUGGAGUCAUUGAAUGAGGUAAUGGAAACCAACAAAGUUGAGGAGUCCCAGAGUCACGUGCACAGAAUGUAUUUCAUGGGUCCUAAUAGUUUCAGUGAACCUUGGCAUCUGCCCCACACUCCUCCAGAAGAAAUAAGAGAGAUUGUAUAUGAGGGUGCAUACAACAUAUUUGUGGAUGAGAUUAAUGCAAUAGCUGCCUAUCAUUGGUGGGAAGGUGCAAUCUACACCAUUCUUUCUAUUCUUGCUUAUCCCCUUGCUUGGUCAUGGCAGCAAUGGCGUCGGAGAAUGAAAUUGCAACUGUUACGUGAGUUUGUGCGAUCCGAAUAUGAUCAUUCUUGCUUACGUUCUUGCCGUUCACGGGCUCUCUACGAGGGGAUUAAGGUAUCUGGAACCUCUGAUUUAAUGUUGGCUUUUGUGGACUUCUUCCUUGGUGGAGAUGAAAAGAGAACAGACCUUCCUCGUCGAUUCCCUCAAAGGUUUCCUAUGGCUAUUAUUUUUGGAGGUGAUGGAAGUUACAUGGCUCCAUUUUCCCUUCAAAAUGAUAACAUAAUUGCCAGUCUUAUGAGUAAGUUGGUGCCCCCUACCACUUGGUACCGACUGGUGGCUGGUUUGAAUGUGCAAUUACGCUUGGUUCGCCGUGGACGGCUGAGGGUAACAUUUCGACCUGUCCUGCGAUGGCUUGGAACACAUGCUAAUCCUGCUUUGAGAAGCCAUGGUGUAUGCAUUGAACUUGCCUUGUUUCAUGGUGCAUCUGGUGGUCAUUGCCAGUAUGGACUUUUGGUGUAUUCUGUUGAAGAGGAAAAUGGACCUAUAUCCGUGGAAAAUACUGCUGGAGUAGACAGAACCGACCUUUCUUCAAGCUUGAAGACCACAUACAUUCAAAAUCAAUCUGGUUAUCCUAGAGAAGAUGUGCUUUUAACCCUAGAUCACCAAAGCAAUGAAGGUUUUGCAAAGGAGAAGAGAAGUUAUGGGGAGGUUAUAGAUACUAACAACUUACAAAUGCUUGAAGAGAAGAGAGGGAUGUUUUACCUUCUCUCUUUCUUAGUCUAUAAUACUAAACCUGUUGGUCACCAGGAUCUUGUUGGCCUACUCAUAUCAAUACUGCUUUUAGGAGAUUUUAGCUUAGUGUUGCUUACAUUCCUCCAGUUGUAUUCAGUAUCAUCGGUGGAUGUCGUUCUGGUUUUGUCUAUUUUACCCCUUGGCAUCCUUCUCCCGUUUCCUGUCGGCAUAAAUGCUUUAUUCAGUCACGGGCCAAGGCGUUCUGCAGGUCUUACCCGCUUCUAUGCUUUAUGGAACAUAACAUCUUUGGUUAAUGUUGUUGUUGCAUUUCUUUGUGGGUAUGUUAACUAUAACUGUCAGUCGUCAUUGAGUAAAAGGAUCCCGGCCCUCCAGCCAUGGAAUAUUAACAUGGAUGAAAACGAGUGGUGGAUCUUCCCUGCUGGGUUGGUUUUGUGCAAACUUUUCCAAUCACAGCUUAUAAACUGGCAUGUUACGAAUCUAGAGAUUCAAGAUCGCUCAUUGUACAGUGAUGUUUUUGAGCUUUUUUGGCAGUCAUGACCCAUCAUACCAAACACAUACUUGUUGACAAGGUUCUUUUGUUCAUUUUGGUCUGCAAGUUACUUGUAAGAAGUUGGAUUACUAAUGCAAAGAGAAACAAAGAGGCGGGAAAAAUCAGAAGAAAAAUAUUAGGACAUAGGAUGACAUUGGCAAGUUCACAAGGUUUUCCCUAUAAUUUCAGAGUUACAAUGUAAAUAAUCAAUUGGGGUAUAUGCUACUAAUGCUUUGAGGAAUUCAUUUGUGUAUCUGUUUUACUCAAGUUUGCAAUAUUGUUUUAUCUUUUCAAGCUCCUUGGGU